AUGGAUUAUUCUCUAAGAAAAUCAUCCUUCAAUGGCUCCUCCCAUGGUUCUUCUUCCUCCUUCAAAAAUCGUUCCAAUGGUAGUGAUGACGACGAGUCACCUACACUCACAAUAGAACAUCCCCUUCCUUCACCACACCCCCACCACAUCCACGACGUUGGUGGUAAAAGCCCUUCGUCGCAAGAUGAAUUCAUCGUUAAAAUCGAUCCUCAAGACGAUACCACGGCCAUCAACAACACGACGAGCACUAGCCAUGAUACUCAUGGUACCCUAUGGAGAGGAUCCUCCGAGGAAUUCUCGUUCCCUAAGCCUAUCGACGACACUAUUAAAGACGAAGAUGGACGGACUAGUACAGGGUCCGGAGGGUCAAUACAAAGUGGUCAUCAUGAUCCAACCUCGAAGCUCAUAGGUCAAUUCCUAGAGCAACAAAAGGCUAAAGGUGACAUGUCACUAGACAUGGACAUGGACAUGGAAGAGCUACAACAACAAAAUAAUGAUCAAACUAAAAUUCGACGUCAAGUGUUACAAAGUGGUAGAGGUCUUCCUCCGUUACACCCGGAUUAUUCGAGUUGGAGUCGAAAUCCUAGUGACAUUCAAAGUCCUGAUAUUAGUAGCAACCUACAAUAUAAGAGUACCCCGAAUAAUAACCCUAGCAACAAUGAUAAUGGAUCAAAGGAAACUCGUGUUUCGUUCCACGAGUCCUUAACCUCGGAGUUGGCUAGACGUCCUUCAGCCAUGUAUAGUAACGUGCAAGAUGAUUCUACAUCGUGUAAUUCAUCGAAUUCAAGGGGUGAUGAGAAUCAUUUCGAUGAUAAUAACCAUAAGAAUCAUAACCACAGUUCAGAAAUUCGACGGUCUCCAUCUAAUAAAACAAAUGCAUCAUAUCGAAGAAUGUCAUUAACUAAGACAAGGUCUAGGCUAAUGGAUCCUCCGGCAUCCCCAACAGACCGUUCAGGUGUGAUACCAAAAUCUGGUACGGUCAAUAUGAAGUCGGGUUUCCUAGGAAAGACGGCGCCAAUGUAUGAAGACGACGAUGAUGAUCCUUUCUUAGACGAAGAUGUACCUGAAGAGUUUAAGAGUGUUAAAAUUGGUACCAUGGUUGUCAUUGAAUGGGUAAGUCUUAUUGCAAUAACUGGCGGUUUAAUUUGUAGCCUUGUUAUUCCGAUUUUAAGGAAAAAAACUAUUUGGAAUAUGAAAUUAUGGAAGUGGUUAGUGUUGAUCCUUGUUCUAAUUUGUGGAAGAUUGGUAUCGAAUUGGGGGAUUAGGCUUAUAAUGUUCCUCACUGAGAGAAAUUGUUUGCUACGAAAACGAGUUUUAUAUUUUGUUUUCGGGUUAAGGAAGGCCGUACAAAAUGUUAUUUGGUUAGGUCUUGCACUUAUAGCAUGGUACAUUUUGUUCGAUAAGAGGGCUCUACUCGAGUCUAGGAGUGCAAAACUUAAGAUUGUUACGAAACUCUUGAUCAUAGCCGAAGUUGGGGCUAUUUUAUGGUUGUUAAAGACCUUACUAGUUAAGGUCUUAGCAUCAAAUUUCCAUGUGAAAGCCUUUUUCGAAAGGAUUCAAGACUCGUUAUUUAAUCAAUUUGUAAUUGAGACGCUUUCAGCUCCCCCAGUGUACGAUGAUCAAGGUCAAGAUGAGGAAGAAAUUCAAAAUGUGGGGAUUAGCAUGCCUUUUAACGUGCAAGGUACCGCCUUUGCACGUAGUAAAAGUGGUACAAGUAAUACUAGUACCUUGCAACGAGCACCUAACGGUGGGAGGAUUCAUCAAGGGGUAAAUGCAACAACACCCGUACCAACACCGACACCUAGUAAGAGUCCUAUAGGGUAUAGUUCAAGGUUGUCGGAACCAAAUCAUGAUCCGAAUAAGAAGCAAGAUGAGGGGAUAACAAUUGAUCACUUGCAUAAGCUAAAUCAAAACAAUGUUUCAGCAUGGAAUAUGAAGAGAUUGAUUAAAAUUAUACGACAUGGAGCUUUAACUACGUUGGAUGAACAAAUUGUGGGUGUAACAGCCCAAGAUGAUGAGUCCACGACUCGUAUUAGGAGUGAGGUUCAGGCCAAGGCUGCUGCUAAGAAGAUUUUUCGCAAUGUUGCCAAACCUUUCUCUAGGUACAUAUAUUUGGACGACUUAAUGCGUUUUAUGCGAGAAGAUGAAGCUGAGAGGACAUUGAGUCUCUUUGAAGGGGGUAUCGAAGACGAGAGAAUUAGCAAGAAAUCAAUGAAGAAUUGGGUGGUUAACGCUUUUCGGGAAAGAAGAGCGCUUUCAUUGACACUUGGUGACACAAAAUCAGCUGUUAACAAGCUACAUAAGAUGGUGAAUGUUAUAGUUAGCAUCAUUAUCGUCAUCUUCGGGUUUAUAUUCCUAAACAUCAUUUCGUCACAAUCUCUCUUAUUCUUAAGCUCUCAAGUGGUUGUCGUUGCAUUUGUUUUCGGAAACACUUGUAAGAACAUAUUUGAAUCCAUCGUUUUCUUAUUUGUGAUACACCCAUUUGACGUUGGUGAUCGUUGUGAGAUUGAUGGAAUUCAGAUGGUUGUGGAAGAGAUAAACAUAUUAACAACAGUUUUCUUAAGAUUUGACAAUCAAAAGAUAGUUUUCCCAAACUAUAUUCUCUUAACAAAGCCAAUCAAUAACUAUUACCGUAGCCCUGAUAUGGGAGAUGGAAUUGAAUUGUGUUUCCACAUUGCAACUCCGGCAGAAAAAAUUGCCGUCAUUAGGCAAAGAAUAACAAGCUAUAUCGAGAAUAAGAAGGAGCAUUGGUAUCCAGGACCGAUGGUGAUAUUGAAGGAUACAGAUGGUCUAAAUAUGCUACGAAUAGCGGUUUGGCUACAACAUCGAAUGAACCAUCAAGACAUGGGCGAAAGAUGGGUAAGACGAGCACUUUUGAUCGAGGAAUGUGUAAAGAUUUUUAGAGAAAUGGAUAUCGAGUAUCGAGUAUACCCUAUGAAUGUUAAUGUUACAUCCAUUCCACCUCUCAAUUAUGCUCAUGUCUCUCCACCUAGUUGGAAUGCUCCUCCUUCUGAUAGCGGGAAACAGGUUGUUCUUCCCUAG